AUGCAGAGUGUCAAUACGACUAAUGCUUCUAAAAAUGAAAUAAUAGAUUUAUCAGCAAUUAGAAAGCAAGGCAAAGCUGCAACAGGCAAAAAUAGCAUAUAAAGCAGCGGUGUUCACUCGUCAGAAAAUUCGUAAUCAGCAGCCCCUACAACAAAUCAGAUAGCUUUCUCAAAAUUAAGAGCUUUUUAGAAAUAAGACAAGCUAAACAAGAUAAGUGGAUCUAAUACUGGUAAUAACAGGAGUUUAAGAAAGUAUGAUAAAUAUUCUGAAAAAGAUAAAGGGAUAAGCAAAUCUUCAAUAUUACCGCCAACACCAAAGAGCAACCGAUCUCUGAUUAUUUCUAGUUCAAUGAAAUCGACUCUCCCAAAACAUCUCAGAGGGAAUAAUGAUGAAAGCUCAAGAAUCAAUGCAACUGAUUAAUCCAUCAACAUAAAUUAACAGGAUGAACUGAUCAAAUACCUAUAGAAUAAUGAUGAAAUAGGAUCGAUGCAAAUGAGUAGGAUUGAAAGACAAGCUAAUAAUUAGAACCAGAAUGGUAUGAACUAGCUAGCAAUGGAAAUGUCAUUCAAUGAAAUGGGCUCUCCUAUUAUGACUACUAAUUAUGAUGAUGAUAAUCCAUAGCCAAGACCAAUUAGUGUCAUUGAAGGCAGAUUUAAUUCGGUUCCCUAGAACAUUAGAGACAGAUCCAUUGAUAACAGAACUCCAUUAAUGAUGAUUAAUACUGAAUCUGAAGUUCAAGAUGAUGAUUUUCAUAAAUAAUUCUAGCAAUACAAAGACAUUACAAGGUAAGAGACUGAAUCGGAAGAAUUAAAGCAAAAGGAACAAUAAAUUCUAGACUAUUUGAUUUCACAAUAAUACGAAGCUUCCAGAUUAAUUAAGAUUGGAUCAAUUGCUUAAGAUUAAGAAGGAUAGGAAAAUAAUGAAAAUAAAAUAGAUGUUAAUCUCCAGAGCCCCAUCAGUGAUGAUGAGGAAGAAAUCAAUGAAGAGAGAAUUAAAGUAUAAGUGCGAUAAGCAGAUCUCAUUAGCGAUAAAGAUUAAUCAAUUGAAAGAGAGUAGAGUCGAUCUUAAAGUGCAAGCCGUAGAUAGCACAGCAGAAUAAAAAGUAGCAGAGAUCCUGGAAAUUACUAAGAGGACAAUCCCUAUUAAAAUGAUCCUAGCUAAGAGAACCUAAAUAGAGUAGGUUCUAUUAUCGAUGUGAAGAUAUAGAUGGAGCAAAACUCGAAUGACAAAUUUGAGUAUUAAGUCAAGAGUCAAAGCUCAACUCUAUUUAAUCAUUGGAAAAGCUAGUAAGAAAAUGAAAAGUCAAAAUCUAUUGUCAAACCCAUCGCAGGUCUUGAAACUCUCGGUAUCCUUACUGAGAAAGAUAUUAAUCUGAUUGGAAUAAUCUCUUAGUUUAUAAACAAUGAAUACAAUAAAACAGAUUUCAUGAGAGAUCUCUAAUACUUCAUCAGACAUUACGAUCAAUAGUCUCCCACUAAGUACAAAUAAUAGCAUAAGAAGGUUAGUCGAGAUCAUUUUCCACAAUUCACAUAAAGAAGAGCUCAGAGCAGAAGACAUGAAAAAAUAAAAUCUAGAUAAGCAUUCGAAUAGGAAUAAAAAAAACGAAUUGAAGAAAACUAGAGUUCAGUAAAUCAUGGUUAUUAAAAGUAAAGCAAACUUGAUUUUAAUAGCGCUAAUAAUACUAUUUACAACUCACCUAGAUCUAGAGAUUAGAGGAUUACUUAUAAUCAAAAGGUAUCAUCUGUACCUCAAAACGAUAGCGUGACAUAAAAGAUCAGUGCUACUCUUCAAGACCAAUUUACUACAAGAAAUAAGUACACAGAUGUACCUCUGACUAUUAAGGUCAAUCAGAUAACUGAAUAAGUUUAAGUUUCAAAGAGAAGAUUCAAUGAGGCUAUAGAAGAAUAUGAAAUCGCUUAAGAAGAGCUUAAUGCUUUUAUCAUUGAUAGUUUUAGAAAUAUUCCUAAUCCUUAAAGUGAAGACUUCAACGUAGGAGGAGCCUUUGUUCUCCUAAUUAUUGAUUUCAAAUGUGAAUAAGUAUCUCAAGAUGAACCCUAGCAAAAUCAAAAAUACAAUGACUUUGAUUUUCUAUAAUUUCUGUGUUAAGACAUUGAAACUGUGCCAGUAGAAAGCAACUAAAAUGCUUCCAGUUUCAAAGAGAGCUAAAUAAAAUUACAGCAUUAGCCUUCUUAAGAAUCUGCAGAAAAUGAUCCCAUCUUGGAGCAGCAGCCAACUCUGAACAGAGAUUCUUCAUUGAAAAAAGUACAAUUUAUAGAGAGCAAAAAGCGUGAAUCAAAUUCAGUAGAUAGAUCAUACUAUGCCUUGAACAAGGUAGAUGAUAUUAAGCCGUUAGGUUCAGCUGGAAUUAAUGCACUAAACAUAACAAGGAAUCAUUUUAACGAUUCCAUGUCGAAAAGAUCAAAGAAUAGUAUCAGUGAAAGUAUUAGAAAUAGCCCAUCAAAGAACUAAAUUAAGUAUGUCAAUAAAAAUGAAUCAGCUAAUAAUGCUCAUCAUAGUGGAGGAUUCAAACCUAUUCCCAAGGGCAAAAUGGACAUCGUAAGAUUCAUUAAUUUUCAUUAUUAUAUCAUAGUCAAUGAAACUAACGCAAUUCCUUAUGGAGAGUCAUAACCAUGUAGAGCCUCCAGAGGAAGUGCAGUCAAACAGAAUUAUUGUGGUGAGAAGUAAAAAGAACUUAUGAGUACUCAAUUUAUGAUAUGUCUCAUUAAAAGCAACGAAGUUGGGUCAAAUGAUUAAACCCCCAAGAAUUCUUACUCAUACUUAACAUUCUUGAAUGAAAUGAUAUAUGUACCUAAGUCAGUUACUAAAAAUUCAAAGACAACUAUAAGUUAUAUACCUUGCCUUUUUAUUCCAUACAAACCAAGAAGAAGUGGUGAAGCACCAUAAUGCUUGCACAAAGAUAAGGAUAAACAAAUGAAGGCCUAUAGAAUGCAUAAGCUACUAGUGUACUUUCACGGAAAUGCAGAGGAUGUGGGCCACUCAUAUGAGUUCCUUUACUAAGUAGGCUAAAAAUUUCAUUUAAAUAUACUUUCAGUUGAAUAUCCUGGAUAUGGAAUAUAUAGAAACGAAGAGCCAGACUCUGAGACAAUAUUACUGAAUUCCUAGAUAAUAUUUGAUUAUGUAACCUAGAGUUUAAAAUUUGAUCCAAAGGAUAUCAUCUUAUUUGGAAGAUCAAUGGGAUCAGGCCCAGCAUGCUAAUUAUCAUCAGUGUCUAAGCCAGCAGCUCUAAUCUUACUCUCGCCUUAUACAUCUUUGAAAGAUGCAGUCAAAUCGCUUCUAGGUACAAUACCAUCUAUGAUAGUCCGCGAAAGAUUUAAGAACAUUGAAGUAAUUAAGAAAGUCAGCUGCCCUACUCUCAUUGUUCAUGGUUAGAGUGAUUAACUUAUACCUUUUUCGCACUCUUAGCAUUUACAUAUAAAUUGUGGAGGGCCAUCAAAAUUAAUAAUGCCAAAAAGGAUGACUCAUAAUGAAUUUGAUCUGCAAAAAGAUCUUUUUGAGCCCAUCAAGUAAUUCUUCAUUGAAAGCAAUAUAUUAACUUCUUCAGUAAAAGGAAACGUUCAACUAAUAAAAGAAAAAUACUUUUUCCCACCAAAGAAUUUGAGAAAUUAGGCUGGACCAGUUGAGUAGCAAGUUUAGAGUAAGCUGUAAAAGAACAGAUCUUAGCCAUAGCUAGUUCCCCUCUCUAUGUUGAAAGCUGAUAUAUAAUAACCUAGAGAUGUGUCUCCAGUUCCGCAGUCAGAAGAAAAAUAAAAAUUGGAAAUAAGAGACUCAGUAAAAGCAAAGAAUAUUAAAGGUAUCGAUCCUAGUAAAAAGCUAAUGCUCUGUAGAUCAGUGAAGGAGAAAAAUUUCUUGACUUCAAGAAAUUAUAAUACUCAGAAUACAUUGUAAUCCAAUAAAGAUACUCUUGUUUAAGAAGAGGAAAGAGAUUAAAUAAACGUCAAAAUCUGGAAAAGUUUAUUUGAUAAGAAGAGUUAAUAGUAAUAAUAGUGA